AUGGAAGGGCCGAUAAAUCUGGGCUUUAUCGGCCUCGGAGCCAUGGGCUUACCUAUGGCGUCAAAUCUCAUUUCUAAAGUCCCUCAAGGCUCAACCAUUUUUAUUUACGAUAUCUCUGAGAAGCUUAUGGAGAAGCUGACAAACAAGCAUGGCGACUGCGUCACGACAUGCAGUUCUGCAAGGGAAGUUGCCAGAAACGCUCACGUCGUGUUUACCAUGCUUCCGGAGGGGCCCCAUGUUAAAACAGUUUACCUCGAUCCUGAAAAUGGAAUUCUGCAUGACGACAUAGCAGCUCGUGUUUUAGUCGAUUGCUCCACGAUAGACACAGAGACAUGUCUUCGCGUCGCAGGCGAGGUCAAGCUUCAACACCCUUCCAUAUCCUUUUACGAUGCACCUGUCUCCGGGGGCACUCUUGGAGCAGAAUCGGGUUCUUUGACAAUAAUGCUCGGUUGUUCCGACGACGGCUCAGAUGCCCAAUAUCCGAUCGUGUACGGCCUUCUGAGCCUGAUGGGUAGCAGCAUUGUCUGUUGUGGUGGGUUAGGCAUGGGUCUGGCAGCAAAGCUCUGCAACAAUUACUGCUCUGGCCUCAUUGCUCUCGCUACAGCUGAAGCCAUGAACAUCGGCAUCUGUUCCGGCAUGGACCCCCGAGUUCUGGCUCGGGUGUUUGCAAGCAGCACAGCACAGAGUACUAUCUGCGAUAAGUGGAAUCCAGUGCCAGGUAUCUGUCCCAACGCUCCAUCGAGCAAAGGGUAUAAGGGCGGUUUCAAAGUACAACUGAUGGCCAAAGACUUCGGUCUAGCUGUUGCAGCUGCGGAGCAAGUUGGGGCCAAAAUGCUCCUAGGAUACAAUGGACUUGCGGCUUACAAGGAUGCUAGCCAAGACCCCAACUGUAGGGACUUGGAUUCACGUGUUGUUUUCAGAUUUAUUGGUGGUAAUGAAGAUUGGGAAACAAAGUUCAAACUCGGAGACCAGAAAUAA